CCUUGUGGGGUUUACUUAUCGUUGCUGUGCUGUACCAGAAUGCAAUAUCCUGAGUUUAUUUUGAAAUCGCGUACCAUGCACAGUUUGCUAAUAAGUUAAUUACUUUGGAGGCUGGAGCUCUUGAUUUAUUAAAGGAGCUUAAGAAUAUUCCCAUGACCCUUGAGUUAUUACAGACUACCAGAAUUGGAAUGUCGGUGAAUGCAAUACGCAAGCAAAGCACAGAUGAAGAAGUUACUUCUUUAGCAAAGUCUUUGAUCAAAUCUUGGAAGAAACUGUUAGAUGGACCUUCAACUGAUAAAGAUUCUGAAGAAAAGAAAAAGGAGCCUGCAUCUUCCUCACAAAACAGCCCUGAAGCAAGAGAGGAAAGCAGUUCAAGUAGCAACUCCAGCAGCAGAAAGGAGGAGGGUAGCGCUCCCUCAAAUUCUUUCAUCCCUUCCUUUCCACGAGCUCCAAGCACUUCGGAUUCUGUACGAGUGAAAUGUAGAGAAAUGCUCUCUGCAGCUCUCAGAACAGGAGAUGAUUACAUUGCUAUUGGCGCUGAUGAGGAAGAGUUGGGUUCUCAGAUUGAAGAAGCUAUUUUUCAAGAAUUAAAAAACACUGAUAUGAAAUACAAAAAUAGGGUACGAAGUAGGAUAGCGAAUCUCAAGGAUGCAAAGAAUCCGAACCUAAGAAAAAACGUGUUAUGUGGGAACAUACCUCCUGACAAAUUUGCCAAAAUGACUGCAGAGGAAAUGGCAAGUGAUGAGUUGAAAGAAAUGCGCAAAAAUCUGACCAAAGAGGCUAUCAGAGAGCACCAGAUGGCCAAAACAGGAGGUACCCAAACGGAUCUGUUUACAUGUGGCAAGUGCAAAAAGAAGAACUGUACAUAUACCCAGGUUCAAACCCGCAGUGCUGAUGAACCUAUGACAACGUUUGUUGUUUGUAAUGAAUGUGGAAACAGAUGGAAGUUCUGUUAGAGGAAGAAAUUGUCAAGACAUCUGGACCAGUAUGAAAGAGGAUUUUGUAAUUAGCUUUAAAAACUAGGCUAAGCAGCUAGCUUCCUGCAAACAAGAGGUUAUUUGGUUUUCUUUUUUCCUUUCUUCC